AUCUUUACUCUCCAUUCUAAUCUCCCUGCCAUUAAUAUUGUUGUUGAACUCGUUGUGAGAGAACUAGAAACGGAUCCUUUGUUCAAUUCCAGCCAUGGAUCUGCACUCACGGCCAAAGGAACGUUGGAGAUGGAGGCAAGCAUUAUGGACGGGAACAAGAGAAGGUGCAGCGCCGUAUCCAGUGUAACCACCGUGAAGAACCCCAUCUCUCUUGCUCGUCUUGUAAUGGAAAAAUCUCCACAUUCCUACCUAGCCUUCUCUGGUGCGGAAGAGUUCGGCCAGGGACAAGUUGAAAUACAUAAAUCUAAAUUUGAAAUCUAUAGAGUUGGAAGAGAAUUUGAAAUACAUGAAAUAUAUAAUUCUAAUUACAUGUAUUUUGGUUAAAUUCAAUUACAUCCUUAUUUUAUGAAAAUAAAUUAUGAUAUUGAAUUUGAAAUGAGCAAAUUCAAAUACACUCUCCAAAAGUCACGUUCCCAAACAUACCAUUAGAUCUUACAUGUACAUAUUGCGUCAAUUAGUAUACAUAUCAAGUUUGUUAUUUGCAUUCACCAAUUCACAAACUGGCAAUGGUUAAAUUCUUGUUCUGUGCAACAAGAAAAUCCCUUGGUGUUU